AUGGCUUCAAGCAGCGGGGUAUCACCUGCGCUCUGGCGGGUGCGGCUUCCAGCACACCUGUGCGCCUUUAUGUUGUUUUACGCACUCUUAAUGAAUGUUAUGGCGACCCCUGUCGAGAAAAGCAUCGCAUCACACAACUUCUCCCAGGACUAUUUGCCACCGCUCAACAGCUCUUCUUUGAACGAAAAGCCAGAGAGCGCUGCAAAGCUUCUUGCGCAUCUGUCACUGGACCGCGCAUUCCCGCUGCGAUCAAAACUGUUAGGGUCUGAGAGGCGCCAGUACGCGAAGCACAUGAAGGAACUGACGCAGGCUUUGCUGCAAGCAAAGGCAGGGACAUCUGCUCUAGAGUUAAUUAUGGCAUCCAAAACUCUCCCGCUGUACUCUUGGACCGAAAGUUUACUGAACCAUCCAAUUGUCACGUUAAAGAAUACUGUUGUUCAGGCAUUUGAGGACACGAUUGGUGGAGUGACCGGUUUGUUUUCCAGUGAGGUUAAGAGUAGCUGUUUUUCAUUUGCUCAUAGAGUCAACACCAUUGCGCCUUAUACCGUAGUCUAUCCCGGCGGCAUUCUUGGGAGCAUUAUGAAGGGGCUUGUGCGGUCAUACUUUCUGGUCUUCCAACAAUCUUUGGUCAACUUUAAGGGCAUUUUUGCCUUGCUUAUUGGAGUAAUUUGUAAAACGCGAAUCAUUCAGUCUGCUGCCAACGCACUCAAGCCUAUUUUUCGAAUGGCAAGAAGAGGAGCAAGAGCAUAUCAAGCAUUCAAAUCCAAGACAAUAGCGAUGAGGGGGGACCCAAUCGGCAGCGGACUAAUGGAUCGUCUUCUGAAACGAGAUGCAGUCGUCCUUACGACUAUUUUAUUCCAAAUGCAUGCUGUCAACGUUGAAAAGCAGUGGGAGGAGGCCGAUGAGUUCAAGAGUGCCCUAUCCGGUGGAGGUGGAGGUGGUUCGUGGGCUCUUGCCGAGGGACUGUUCAUUGGCGCUGCAGAAUUCAGCCGUUCGUUUCACCGCUUAGUUCGCAAAUACAUAAGCAGUGCGGAUGCAUAUGUGAAGGCUUGUCAAGCCCUAAGAUUCGGCGCAUUUGGCCAAUCAAGUCAGUCCCAAGAAUCCCCACCAGCUCAGCUCUCUGCUGAGGACAUAGAUCUGGAGAGUAUUGUAGAUGAGGCACUCGAAUUUUUCUCUGAGGCACAUCCUGAAGCCUCAGGAGGUGAUGAACCGCUCACCACUGCGCAAAAGGUGGAAUUACUGCGGCUAAGUUGCAGGAAUAACCGGCGGUUCGUGCAGAAUUUCAAAGAAAAGCAAGCCGAGUAUACUCAACGCGUAGUUCUUCAGAUGGUCCGCCUCCUCCAGUACCACUUCAAAUACUUCAAGACUUACAUUUCAGACAUUCUCUCGAUAUUCUACGAGUCCUCAGUAGCGAUGUUGGAAACAAAAAUAAAUGACUCAUUGGGCGGUGUGGAAGGAGCUAACAGCCCGGCCGAUGAAGUGGUGGCAGCUGAGGCGCGCCAUGCUGCCCGAAGAAGUGCUGCUCAAGCAGCGACGGAAGACUCUCAUCUCCCGAGAAAGCUAUUUCGGGCGACAAAGUUUGCGUCAGAGGCUGAAAAACUAGCAUAUGGCCUAUUUCAUGCAACCGGAGCACUGUCGCUCUUCCAGGUCACAAACGGAGAAACAAGGGAGGGCGCAGCUGCUCAGGCCACAGCACUUCAUUCUCUAACCAAGGCGACGGACAGCAUGCGAAAAGGCCUGGGUGAUAUAUACAAGCGCUUUCUGAAUAGCCAGCUUCUGUUAUCCAGGGUUGAGAAGCAUGCAGAACGUAUAAAAAUACUUGAGCUCAUCGCCAAGUGCCAGACGCCUCUAGAAGAGAAAACGGAGGAGGAGAAGCGCUUAUGCGGGACAACGGUUACCAGCGAAAUCGACGAAGACGAGUUUAUUGUCAAGUCGCUGGUUUCUUUGAACCUUCCGAUAUCCUCUCCAGAAAACGACAUUGCAUUUCAUUCUCAUGGUGGCGUCACGCGCGUAUUCGAGCAUUGGGCUCAGUUCACCAGUGAAAAACGGCUAAAACAUCAUGCGAGACUCGCUCAACUUGCUUUAAACGCAGAAGGAACCGCAAAAGUCAUCCUCUAUGACGAAAAUGGCAGAACGCUGACGUUCACUGGUGACGAUGAAUCAAGCGUGAGAAGCAUCACCAAACCGGAUCCUCUAGAUUGCAAUAGUUCCUUUACUGUAAAGGAAAGCAACAAGGGGACGCUGUCAUUCUUCGUGGCUGCUGGCCAGCGACGUGGAGAGGCCUCAGGACAUCGUCACCAAAAUUUUGCAGAAGCCCAAAUCACGCCUGCAAUACAGCUGGAGGGUUCCAUUGAAUACAACGACGAACGAAGGGAGCUUUUAGACAUUCAAAAUGACCCAUCAGCCAUCAGGGACACGAUCGUAGCCCACUUCCUAGACAAACGGGGCCGUAUCGCUGCGGAAACACUCGCUGGCGUAUUGAUGCUGCUUCACCGACGGGCCCCAAUAUUUUGGAAAAGCAGCCCAGUUGAGUUCUUGCAAAACGUGACCCCAAAAAUGUUCUUUGACAUUCUUUAUGUCCUCUCAACUCAAGCCUACGACCAGUCCGAAGCAACUGUGAUGCUUGAUGGAAAGUUGUACACGUUCCCCAAGUCGUUCGGAGCGAUGAAAGAUAUUGUGCUGAGCGCUUUGAAUAGGGCAAUCGUUCGAAUGCACAGCUUGAACGCUUCAGAUGCUGCCCUUCUUAUUACGAUGGGGAGUGUUCAUUUUGCCUACAAAAAGAUUCAGAAACAUCGCACUGGGAGGACAGCAACCAUGCACCUUUUCCUUAAAGAAGUGAACCACAUCAUGAACAUACUAAGAACUAGCCCUGAUCAGCUCAAGGUCCUCUACCCAGAAUGCAGCUUCAUUUCAAAGUGGGGAGAACCUACUGAGGAAGGAGUCCUCAAGUGUGCGGUUUUCCGUUUCAUGAAAAUUGGCUCCCUCGCGAACCUUGGGGAUUCGGAGGAAGAAAUAAUCACGUACGUCACUGCUUUUGUGACCAAGCUCGCCGAGCUUAAGGGUGAGGUGACGUGGAGAUCCUAUUUGAAUCUCGAUUACUUCCUCAAGUCCGCCAAAAAGUAUGGGAAAACUGCGGCAAAGUAUAAAUACGAGGUUCUUUACAACCAAAUAAACGACCUUCCGGGGACAGAUGAAGAGGAAACUGAAUUAGCCAGAUUAAUGAAGAAGCUGCACCCGUCUGUGUCAGGGCACAGACCUCCAAGGCCCAAAAAAAAGCAGGGUUUGUUGAACAUGCUAACGAGGUUCAAAGACAACUUUAAUAUCCUGCCAACAAUAGUAAGGGAAAGAGUCGCUCUUGAGUGGAGAAGCUGCUUGGCACGCAUGAGGCGCUUCUUCGGCAACAGAAGGUCAAUGCUGCGAAGCUGGAGGAUUUCUCCUAAGGUCAUUCAAGGUCCUCAUUUCAUGGGAGCACUAAAAUUUGCAGAAGUGACCACGUAUCCAGACCUUGACAGCCCUCGAAACACAUUCAUCGAAGUAGGAGACCUGGAGGAAUUUAGCAAGGUGCUUCUGACACUGGAAACUGUCACAGGCAUAUUGGAUAGUCCUCCGAGCAUGUACAACACUGUCACACAAGUGCGAGCAACACCUUCUUUUACCCCGUCUGCACGAGAGGAGCACGAAAAACUUAUGAAGCGUGCGAAGGCGUUAGGACAAGCUACAGUAAAAAUCGCUGCAGGAUGGGUCCUCAAAGCAGCUGGCGGAUCUGGAAUUGGCAUGGCUUUGGGUCUUCUGGCUCUGCAAGAUGUUUCGGGUAGAUUUGUGGACAAAGCUCUCCAACUACGCUACUUGACUUCCGAGGCCCUCACAUUCCUCAACUCGAGUCUUGAUUUGGCAUACAUUAUUAAACACCUUCCACCACAGACUCCCAGGGAUGCCGAAAUGCUGCGUUUCAACCUGAACUCUGGGAGUCGCAAUACUUUUGUCGUUAAAGCACAGUGUGAGCCAAAAGGCCUGGGGGUGAACACUGCUGAGUCCGUCAAGGUUGCGGAUGCAAUUAGGCGUAUCGAGGACGUGCUCGCAAAGCAGGAUGGACUCCCAGACGGACCUUCUGACUUCGAAAGAUGCUCAGCCUUAGUUGGCUCCAUUCUGAGACGUCCAUUCACAUCGACAACAUCCCUUCCUCACGAUGCACUCCUUGCUUCUGAUGCUUUUGGGCUAUGUUUCCUCCUGUUGAGACUUCGAGCUUAUAUCGCUUCAGAUGCGGAGACAGUCACUAUUGACGAAUUACUGCAAACAAUCUACAUUGACAGGCUGCCACUUGCAGAGCACCUGAGCUUCCUGCAACAAAGACGAGCUGACAUGGACGAACGGAAGUCAAGGGCGAAAUACAUUAGCCCCCUGUUGCGCUUCCUCCUUAUUGCUACUGUAGACAAACUAGGAGAGAGCCUCGGGGGACUCAGCUUCAGGUCUUACGAUUCUGAGUCAAAAAUGAUCUCCUUUCAGUACACAUUAGAGGAGGUCUCUCCUCCAGGAAGUCCUGCAGACACUCUGGCAUUUGCAGCCGAUUUACUCUUAGGGACAAACAACGAGAAAAAACACAGAUUCGUUGCCUUCGCUUUCGAUGGCCCGCAGUUUUUGAUGGAUUGGUACAGAUAUGUGCUGCCUGAAAAAAUGCGCGGCGUUGUGGAUGCUGCUAGAGAGCAGAAUAUUCCCAUAACGUACCAGGAUAUGAUGAAACUAAGCAACGUCUACACAGUCACCGACCUUGCGGACCUAGCAUACAGCUUGCGUCAAAGCUCAAAGAUAAACGUGAACAACAUCGCAAGAAAGGCAGCUUUAAAUUUAAUGGGCGACGCAAACAGGCCACCACUAGAGCGCUACGGUCUUGCUUACAUGCUUAUGGAACUGGUCAACCAAGCAGCGCACUUGAAAAAAAAAUGCAUGGGAAAAGCACUGGAAGAUUAUGAGACAUUUAGCAGCUUGACAGUGCUCGACAAAGAGCUCUUCAGGUAUGAUUGCUUCUACACCAAAAUGAAUGAGUCUCACUCGUUUGCUGACGUUGCUAGGAGUGUUUCCGAGAAAGACAUUCGCGACGUAAUGAGAGCAAUUGACGCAGCAUACGAAGCUGAAACAAAGGCUCUGUACGAUAAGCUACUCAGUAGCAACAUUGAUCAUACAGUGGUGGCAAAUGUGGCCUUUAAAAUUGCCCAGCAAUUCCCAAUAAUCGGCAUGGUCGAUACCCUUACCUCAGACUUUCUUAAAUGGGUGCGGGAGAAACGAAGUUGGCAAGAAAUCCUUCCUAAUGUAAAAGCACAGAGAAGUGCCAAAUGGGUCGCCAGUUACAGAACAACUACUCUAAAUCGGCCCGUCACCAACAGAGAGCACCCACUACUCAUGAAUCCCUUCCAGAUACUGAUAGACAUCAUGCUCGCAAGCAUUGCCGGUUCUGCCAAGCGGAGACAGCUACCAGUACUAGCUCCACUCCAGCGUCUGAAAGCAAUAUUCGCCAGCAUAAAGCCCGGAAAGAAGAGCAGAGCAGAAUAUAAAGCAGACGUGAAAAGGCGCCAGCGUACUGCCGAAAAUCAAUUCGAGGAGUACACUAAGGACCUUAGCGAGGGGAAUCAAGAACCUCAAGUGCUUGAAAACCCUGAAAGCACUCAAGGGACGGAGGACUUCCAGGAGUCUCUGGAGCCACUACAACCUCAAGGCACGAACCCACCCGCAGAGGCGCCGCAAGAACAACCGUCUCUAGAACCACCUCAGGCUACGUUGCCUGAAGAUACACAAGUAACUCAAUAG